AUGAAAGAAUUAAAAAGAGAACUAAGAAAGACAAGAACAAAACAAAUGGAAGAAAGUGAAAUGAUAGAAGUAAGAGAAAGAAAAUAUGGAAAACGAAGAGGUCAAAAUCAAAAGAAAAUUAAAAUAGAAAAUAUAUAUAAACUUUGGGAAGGGAAUGGAAUGGUGUAUAUGAUUAUGAAAGAAAUCAGCAAUAUAAUACGUAUUUCAAUUAUUGCAAUUAUAGUUAGUGUAAUUUGUUUUUAUAAUUUUAAUUUUUUUAAUAAAAGUGAGAAAAUAAUUAUUGAAACAUGGUGGAGAUGGUUAAUAUUUAGUAUUAAUGGAAUAAUGGUUGUAAUUAUGAAUAUUAAGUAUUGUAUUGGGAUUAUUAAAAUAAUUAAAAAAUAUAAAUCAACAAGGGAUUUUUGUAAUCAAAAAGAAAGUCAAGAAAUAUUCAAUAAUACAGAGUGGGAUGAUUCAAAUAAUAAAAAAGGGAUUUGUUAUCAACUUAAUACAGAAGAAGGGAAAAAAAUUCGGAAUGAAAUAGAUAUUUUUAAUGGAGAAAUAGAGAUAAGUGAAAAAGAAAUAGAACAACGAAUUCUACAAAAGAUAUCAUUUAGAGAUGAUGUUAUAUCUACUAUUCUUAGAAAAGUAUUUAAAGAAACAGAACAAGACAAUAUAAGAAUUCAAUCUAUUCAAAAAGUCUGUCAAACAAAAUAUUUUAUUAAAUAUUUAAAUAAUGUUUUAAAUAAAACAACAAAAGAAAUAUUUUUAACAACACCAAUUAAUACAACAACACCAAAUAAAUUUAGUUAUGAACAUUAUUUAUAUUUAAAAGAAUAUGAAGAAAUGAGAUUUAUAUUUAUUGAAACAUUUAAAAGAAAAUUAAUAAUCAAUUUCAAUAAUAAAAUGAUUAUUAGUUUUAUAGGAAGUAUCUUUAACAUUAUUUUUAAUAUUAUUGAAUUUAUUUUACAAGACUUUUCUAUAAUUCUUAAUAAUACAUGGUCAUAUGGAGGAAUUAAAUUUUUACAUCAAGUUGAAUUUAAUCAUAGUCAAAAAUAUCAUCUUAACAAAGCACUUAAACAUGCAAAAAAUAUUAUAGAUAGAAAAAGAAGUGUUAAAUAUAAAAAAAUCAUUGUGAAAAAUAUUAAAUUUAUACUUAUUGGUGGGUUAAUGAUUAUGUUAAUUCUAAAUUUCAAUGGAAUUGGAAUAGAAAAUAUUGAAAUUGAUGGAUCAGGGAUAUUAUCUUUUUUAAGUCCAUUCAAAAAUUUCAUUACUACAGGAAUUAUAGUGUUUUUUAUUGUUUUUGUAACACAAUAUUCUAAUGAACCUGAUUUAACAACAUCUUUUAUUGAAGAAAGAAAUAAACUUGAGGCAUUAUUAAAUUAUAAUUUUCCUUCUACUGGUAACAAUGGAAUUAAUAAUCUUAGUAAUUUUUAUUUGCCUGGCUAUUGUGAAAUGUGUUUGAAUGAAUUAUUUGCACCUUUUAGUACUAUAAAUUUGUUGAGAAAACAAGAAAAUAGAGUGUUAUUUGGAAAUGGAUUAAAUGAAAUAUGGUAUGAUGAGAGAUUUACUAAGGAAGAUAGUCCUUAUACAAACACUCAUUUUGAAUUAACUCAAUUUUUAUAA